GAUGCAAGUUGACAACGCGGUGGAUUUAUAAUAGUUUGUAAAAGACCGUGGAAUUGGACUUCUGUAUUGAAAAGCAAGGCUCGACAAACGAAAUGACAAACAAGCACAUGAUGGGGUUGUAUGAUCUCUUGUUAAUGGUCUCAGGAGUCUCCGUUGUCCUGGCAAAUGAUUUGCGAAAGGAACGCAGUAUCUCUAUGGGUUACUCUUCUCUCUCAUAUCUGUGUGAAGCUCGGCCUGACCGUUUUCUUUGCGUUAAUUGCAAGACUUUGGUCGUGUGUGUAAGAGGGCAAGCCUUCGUUCGUCACUGCAUCGAAGAUCAUUACUGCACAGAUAAAAGUGAAUUUGGAGGUGGUGUGUGCUAUCCUAAUGAACCAGUAGAGUGUACUUGUGAGAGGCCAUAUAUAUUUCGUGUGGACCACUAUGACCCACAGAGGUUUUUCUCAUGCAGUGAUGUAGGAUCCAAACCAGAAAGUUACAAGUGUCCAGAUGGUAUGGUGUUUGACGAAAACCUUACACAAUGUCGUAAUGAAGCUGGUCUACCACCUUGUACUAAGCCUGGGACCUUUGUUAAUCCAGAAAAUUGUAGUGAAUAUUACUCCUGCAUUGCCCUUAGACAUGGAUGGUUGCAAAAGUUCUUCAUGUGUAACGGUAACACCUUUUUCAACGAGAGAAAGCAAAUUUGUGAAGAUCCUUGCAUAUACAAGUUCAUGUGCGAUAGUGAAGGACGCUUCCCUGACCCUGUGAAUAAGCAUAGAUACUUUGAAUGUUACCUAGAAUCUGGUCAGUUGAAACAGAUGCGGUAUCAAUGUCCUGAGGGGUAUACAUGGUACAAUGUAUCGACAGGGGUUGGCAAGUGUGUGGAGGACUAUGGAAUCAGCCAUGAUGAUCACAACUUUGAUCACUGCUCCCUGCCACAGGACUGGUGUCCCAGUAAUGGAAUUGGACCCACAGUUCGUGUGAAAGCCAGGAACUUUCGACCCGAGUAUGAGGGAGAUAAUAUCAAGAGUGAUAGUUCUUCGCAAGACCUACAUGUUAUAUGGGUCCACUAA